ACUGCCGUUCGUGUCGCGAAGCUUGUUCCGUGACCGGACCGGAGGCUCAAGCCAGGGGCUCAGGUUGCCUGGGUCCCGGGUCGCGACCUUCGGGCACCGAGUCCAAGCUCCUAGGUGGGCAACGAAGAUGACAACGUGCGUCACGAGCAGGAGGAGGGAGACGGGGAGGAACCCUUCUGAGACAACAUGGAAAGUGACUGCCGAGUCAUUCCAACACUGGACGUGUAUAACCAGCGGAUUCUCGACGACUCAGCGUACGGCACUGUCUCCAAAACAGACCGGCUCUGUCGGCGCGACCUGGAAGAAAGUCACAUGCAGCAGGGACUGCUCUACGACGAAAGUGCCUGCGAGGGAGAGCGCCCUGUGCAUUGUAGGACUCAUGCGGGGCAUGCUGCAGAGGGAUCCGUGUCCGACGAUGAAGAGACGGUGGAGAGCAUAGAGAACCUGGAGGACUUGAAAGGCCACACGGUCCAGGAGUGGGUCACCCAGCUGGGGCCCAAGACAGAAAUCUACAACCGCUUCAAGAAUUUCCUCCGCACCUACGUGGACGAGCAGGGCCACAAUCUUUACAAGGAGAAGAUCGAACAAAUGUGUGAAGGGAACGGGCACAGCCUGGAGGUGAGUUACACCACGCUGGCAACAGCAGAUCAGAUGGUGGCCUACUUCCUGCCGGAGGCGCCCUCAGAAGUGCUGGUAAUCCUGGAUGAAGCCGCCAAGGACAUUGUCCUGGGGAUGUUCCCGCAGUACGAGCGGAUCACCGGGGAGAUCCGCGUCCGUAUCACCGACCUGCCCCUCAUCGAGGAAAUAUGCAGCCUCAGCCGGUUGGACCCGAAUCAGUCGGUCCGGACGGCUGGUGUGACGACGAACGUGACGGGAACCCUGCUGCUACUGUUCCUGAUCAAGUACAUCUGCGUCAAGUGCGGCCAUGUCCUGGGGCCCUUCGUCGAGUUGCGGAACUGGGGGUUCGAGCCGGGGCCCUGUCCCGAGUGCCGGAGUGUGGGCCCCUUCGCCGUAAAGAGAGAGCAGUGUCGCCCGAGAUGUCACCAAGUCGACGCAGCCCUAGCGCCGCUCCGUACAAGCUUCCUCGCCAUGGACGAUGACGAGUACGGAAGUGAAUGCUUCCCGAGAUCUGAAUACAAAACCAGGUUCAGUGAAACCAGUGCGUUUGAAAUGUCGGACCCAGAGUACUGGGGUACGUACUUCCGUUCAACGGCCAGUGACGACGACUGCGAUAGGUUAUCAAACUUGAAAUCGAAAGACUACCAUAACCAUUACACAAACGCACCCCACGCCACGUCGGUCAGCGCCGGUACUUUCCACAGCCCGUGGCAACGUACGCAGUACAGCGAGAUAUUUCACGCAACGCCGGAGGCACCGAGACUGGUCUACGAGCCUGCUUUUCUGUACGAUUUGUUGCUUGCGUAUAAGAAAUCUGUUUGUGUGAGGGUUGAAAAUCUUUUCAACAAGAGGGAAGUGGCAGAUAAAAAAAUGGAAGUGUAUUUUGCAAAUGAGUAUCCUUGUAUUCUGGUGAAGAUAGAGGAAUUCAACAAUGUUCCCAAGGAAACGCGUAGCUUGUACAACAUUGCAAUAGCUUAUUUUGUUGCUAUAACUAACAAGAUUGCUCAAUUAGAUAAUAUUCCUGUUGAAUUAGUCAUUAGGUCAAGUUUUGGUCACAAUAUUCCAAGCGUCGCACAAACGAGGACUAGCUUUAGGAUUAAUAUUGGAAUCGUUCCAGAAAUUUAUACGGAAGUGUUAGUUAAGAGCCUGAUUGAAUUAAACGAUAGGGUUUUAGUGCCGCUUUUUAAUUUGAAGUUCCUAUUAAAUUUAGAUGCAGUGCAGAUUAAGAACCAUAAUGAAGAAGUCGCAAAGUAUAACGAUCGGAAGAAAAGCAACGAAAAGUCACAACUUGUGAGUAUGUGGUCGGAAAACGAAGCUUUAUUUCAGAUAUUAACCAAAGUUGGUGAUUAUACGGGAAGGAGAGUAUCCGCUCACAUUAUUAGGAGAGAAAAGCACAUUGAUUUACUCGCAAAUUACGUAUCUGAAGAAUUGGAUCGGUCUCAACCAAACCUCGGUAACCCUCUCAUAAAGCUCCUGGCACAAUUGUCGUAUUGCGAAAGACUGGUCUUAAAUGUGGUCGAAGAAGACUACAACAAGAUCUCAUUGCACAAAUUUUCGGUUGAGGAAGAAAAUCCGCAAAUUAGGAGAGACUUUGUAUUUUGGCGUGUUAUGCAGUAUGUCGUAUUAGCCUUGGACGUAAGGGGGAUACCCGAAGCUAUGGAUGCACGUAGGCUGACUGGUUUGUACGGCACACUCGAGAAGCUAAACUUGGAAUUCAUCAGAAAUAGUGGCUGCCAAGAAGCUCAGGACGGGUGCGGAAGCGACAGCGAUUGCGAAGUGUGUGGCGCUCCAGCUUUUUAUUCUAAAAAGCUCACGGUCGCCACCGGCAUGAGGGCAAUUAACCUGGCUCAAUUUCUGUCAAUAUACCAUUUGCGACAGUCGGGUUUUAACCCUCGAGCGUAUGCCGAAAAAUGUUUUUUCGAGACAAAGGAAGCAAUCGAAACAGUGAGCGACAUCUUCACUUUGUUAGGCUUACAAGGUAGCACGCAGCAGCAUCGCGGUGACGCCACGGUGAGGUAUGUUGACCUGAGCUACUGCGCAGCCUGCGGCCCCGAAUCCAUUAGCAUGAAGGACGUCCUGAACCGGAUAUCAAAGAACGACGUCGUAGUUCUUGAUUACACGAGCACAAAUACUGAGAAGAUAAGUAUGGCCGUGAGCAUUUUUAUCAAGAAGGUAGAAGUCGUAAUACUGGUGAAUAGCGGGCUCAAAAAUGAGCAGCUUGGAGCCGACAUGAAUCCUUACGGGACGAUUAGAAUCGUUGCAAAGGAUCGUCGUUUACUCAAUGAGCUGUAUUUUGUGUUGAAGAAAGUCUUGGAACAAGGGGAGGAGCUGCUGCCGAAACAUUUACAUCGCAUUAGAAAAGCGUACAAGAACGCUGGAGCUGUUGUGACCAAUAAGGCAAUUUAUAAAGUGAUGUGUAGGAAGUCAAGUGGUGAUCUAGACCAUGAAAAAAGUAUAGCCCAUAAAUCUAGUUUAUCAAAAGAAAAGUUUAACACUCUAGCUUGUUGACGAUGGCGAGUCUUAAGAGAAAUGUGCUAACUUGCGAAUGCUGUUCUCUAAGCUGCUCUAGUAACUUCUUUAAAGUUAGCAGUUAUACACUCAAACACCUUUAUAAUGAAUGCCUCUACUAUGAAAACACCCCAUUAAUGAAUUAAAAUAAAGUCCCGGCCAAUCUCCUGCGGGCUCAGUGUGUUGCUCUGACUGCUACAACGAAUUCCUGUUUAACAAAAGCAAAAAAAAGCGGUAUCAUGAAUUGUCUAGGUGAAAAGUAAUUGAUAUCACAUUAAUUGUUGCUCUCAAGUGACGCGCUGAGAAAAGAUGAAUACUGCGGGAGUGGCAAUGACUGGAAGUGCAACUGCGCUGUGCACUCUCUGUUUUGGGUCUAAAUAAUUUGUUAGUGUGCAGCCUUGUGUCUGGAUGGCGCUACAUGACUACGUUGCUGUUGCUGUAUAGAAAGCCUGUAUGCAGCAAUGUAGUCACCAUAGUCACGUAGCACCAUCUGGACACAGAAUUGCAAACUAACAAAUUUAAGAUGCCUGGAUUCUGCUGUGCGAACUUUUGCCUCACAUGUUCCAGGGUUCGAUGUGCUAGCAUACUCGGCCACCAUUUUCCGUUUUAAUAAGUCAAAAUUGUUUUUCCUAAAACGCCUCGAAUAUCACGCAGCUAAUUAAAAUGCGAUAGCACAAAUUCAGUUUCGCGUGAACGAUUUUUCGCGCUCAACUUCAACAAAGUUAGCUGCUACGAAAAACUUUGCCGGCCCCGCAGACUUCAUUAUAAAGGCGUUUGACUGUACACUGUGGUUGGAUUAAGUUAGCCUGUUACAGAGAUGUGUUUAAAUUUGUGGCUGAUUGAAGUGUUGAAACAAAUCAAUUAUAUUUUGAGGCAAGAAACAACCGAAGUUAUUGAUAGAUUACAAGGGUGAAUCAGGCCGUUUACUGUCUCUUUAUAAAUGUUGAAUUGCAGAAUUAAUUUUUUGAGAUUGAAUUAGGUAAUGAACUAGUAAAUAUUGUGAUUCCCAGAGAAGUAGUUUGGACUGCAAGGAGAAAUUAAAUAUGACAGAAGCAGAGAAUGUAGACGACGGUUUUCCAAAAAGUUGGUUACAAAAUGGUGAGAGAAGAUAAUGAAGAUGUUAUAGAACAUUUAUUCAGUUUUCUGUUACAAUACUAAAUUACCCUGAACUAAUCCAAGAAUUCUAUUGGAGGAUGAAAUAACUGAUCCAAGAGUUUAAUCGAAAGAUAAAAAACUAAUCCAAGGAGCCUGUCGGAGGAUAAAGAGUUUUUUUUUUCAAGAAGCUGCUUAGGUGUGACUCUGCCAAUACUCAUAACUUAUUCUGACAAUGUCGUGGAAGUUUUUAAAGAUGGACUAUAAUCACUUGAGAAGCUGCUCCGAAUGCGUUUGCACAUAGUUCCCAGCAAACUGAAUGUUUCAAACUAUUUCUUUACUUCUUUAUGGUUAACACUAUUGUCAUCUGAGUGGAAGAUAGCCCACCUCAAUACUCUUUUCGCAAUCAUCAGCGUGUGCAUAAACGGGAGUUUUAGUAAAUCGUUCCAAUGCCUCCGAUAAGGAUUCUCAACAGUGAUGCGAUGCAUGUGCCAAGGCGUUGGCGGGUUAUCGGAACAAUUUACUAAUACUCUCAAAAGGUACCACAGGAUAAGUGCCUAAAGUGUUUGAAAUGAACAAGGACUCAAUUAACGUGUCCAACAACGAUUAUCAAAUUAGCCUCUUUUGGGUAGACUUAUUCAAAUACUCGUUUUCUUCCACGCACAGUAUCCGACUGGAACAUACUGCCCUAACAUAUUGUUGAGCUGGGACACUGUUUCUUUGUUCCUAGACCUGCUCUUAUCAACUGUUAAAUUAUUUUUGUUAUCUAGUAUACCCUUGCUUUUCAGUGUCGUAGCAGGCUGCACUGUCAUCACUGUUUGGUCUUGCACCAUUACCUUUUUCUUUUUGUUGUGCAGCCUUUUUAACUGAUGUUGUACUACGUUUGUUGUACGGCAUUUCUUUUUGUACUGUUUCGCGUAUAUUUGCUCAUGCGGUGCUGUUUUUCUUGUUUUCCUUUGGGGUGUAAUCUAGUGAUUUUAUUUACAGCAUUGUAGUCAGAGUGGCAGCUAACACAUUUGAAAAUGCUCAAUCACUGGGGAUUUCGAGCACCCUGAAAUGACUGUUGAAUUAUAAUGAAUUGUUAACAUUUUAAUCCUGCAUAUAACCAGGAUCACACAGAAUGUUUCUGCUCAGUCUGUCUGUAUAUAGGUGUCUAUGGAUGUUUGUUAAUUUUGUCGGCAAUAUAUCAUUUUCUCAGUAUAUAUAUAGCGGGAAAACUUGCCCGCUAAGUUUAACAGUUUUCUGUUGUUUGAAACUAACAUUAAGAAUUCAAAAGCAGCCCUAUUAGAGAUAGUUUCUGUAGAAAAGGGUUUGUGCCAUGCUGCCAAGUUUUCCGCCUCUGAGCAUUGCUGGGCCGCAUAUCCGUGUUCCCUAGAAGUGGAUGAAAGAGCAGUUGACGAUGCAAGAUCAAUUUUUUCAUGUCCGGCCUCCGGGACAUGCUGAAAAUAUAAUCCCAGGAAAUUUCGGAAUAUUGUCAACGACGAAAUGUCUUUCAGUUUUAUUCAAGACUUGGAGGGUUUUGCGUGUCCAGCGUGGAAUGUGCCAACAAGUUAAACAAUUGUAUGUUUAUUGAAACUUUUUCUAUUGUUAGAGACCUAGUAAGUUAGUACCAGUGGACUGUGCCUGUUGUUUACAAAUGGAUGCUAUUUUUGCUAAUCCUGUUGGUAUAAUUAUGAUUAUAUAUAUACACCAAAACUGUCCUCUUCAAUAAAAAUCAACAAAAUUAUUCCAGCUUUCUCUUUUUUUUAAGAAUUUAAGAUAUAUAUUUUUUUUAUUCUACUAAAUUAUUGGAGCAGUCACUUAAGUUGUUCACCCUCAGAUUAUGAAGUGGGGAAGGUGGUUCCUAUAUCAGGAAUUCAUCCAAUAUAGAACAGUCCAUUUUAGUUCUAUUUAAUGUUUAUAGCACGCUGCCAGUGUAACAUUGACAAAAACUAGUGUGGCACCUACCAUAGUUUCCAGUUUGUAAACCACAUUUUUUUCUUUCCAAAUUUUUGUUGGUACGUUUUAUACAAUGGCAUGACUUACAUGCAUUAUUUUCUAUAAGAAUGUACCUUAAUUGCGAAAGUUUGCCACGGGGGUUAUAUUUCUCAUUCGAUUCGUUGACAAUAAUAUUGAUUGCUCUCGCUUGCACAUAUAUUGCAAUCACAGCACACGUAUGCGGGCUUUUCACUCGUUUUACCCUGCUGACUAUACAAACACAGGUGCAACUCUUAUAUCAAACUUUUUCUGAAAACGGCAAUUUAUAGGGGGAGAGGGGUACAGUUUACAGACCGAUAAAUAUGGUAUGUCUAGUAUUUCGAGAAAUUUAUUUUCGUAAUCCCAUUUUAUGCAUUCAAACAAUAGCUUAAUGCCCCUUUUAGAUGUCAUCGCUCCACUACAUACAUCAAUCGGUAUGUAGUGGGAAUUUCCUCAAAACUCGUUAACCGCCACAUUUCACUCAUCUUUCCCACCUCACAUGGCCAAAGUAUAUGGAACCACGUCCCCGAGUGUAUUGCUAACGAACACAAACCUUAUCUUGUUCAGAAAUGCUGUAUUUCGCUAACAUUUUUCGCAGCGAUCCAUGACGUGUUUGUUUGUUUGUUACUAUUGCUUUAUUAUUGUUGAUUUGUUAAAGAUUUACCAACUAUUUUGCCAAUGUAUUUGCUCUGAAGUGCCUUCAGGUAACGAGGGUGUAUUGGACAAAUAAAUGAACGAAUAAACCCACCGUUUUUGUUUGUGGCAUUGUGUCGGGUGUUUAGGGGGAAAAAAACCUUGCUUUUCUCGUUGUGAAAAUAAACUACAGACACUUUGCAGCAGCUGUGCAUGGGCGCUGCAAUAACUAAC